AUGGCAUGUCAAUCACCAACUCCAAUUAAUAACGAAAAAUUACGAAAAGAAAGUAUCUUAAUAUCCUAUAUUCCAUUGAUUGGGCAGACAGGUGCAAUUUUCUCAACAUCUUUAUACAUAUCUCUCCUAAUUUACUAUUACAACAUCAACGAAAAUACAGCAGAAAAUAAUAAUCAAUUACUGAGGAUAACCCCGUAUGAUAUAAUAUUCUAUCUACUCUCAAUAUUUGGCGCGAUUUUGCGUAUCAAAUGCUAUCAAGUUCUAGAAAAGUUCUUCACCUUCCAUCUCACAAUCCACGAAGAGCACAAACUCAUCACGACUGGACCAUAUAAGAAUCUACGUCACCCAUCUUAUUCUGCAAUGAUGCUGUUAGCUAUAAGCGAACUGUAUUUAGUUUUCGUGCUAUUUGAUAAUAUCCCGGAUUCAUGGUGGUUGUUUAUAGAAUUUCGCGGGUUGGUGACAAAAGGAAUGAUUGUUGGUGUUGUCCUUUUAGGUUUGUAUUUGUUGAUGUUUCUUUGGUCUAGAAUUAAGUUGGAAGAAGAGAUGUUAAAGAAAAAGUUUGGAAAGGAAUGGGAUGAGUAUGCGAGCACGAGAAAACGACUUAUUCCUUUUGUUUUUUGA